UCACAAUGUGCAGUACUCAGAUCCUGCUGCAGCAGAUAUAAUGGAGCAUCCCUCCUCCUCUUGCUGAAGCAAACCUUUUUCUCCUUUAAUUUUCCCCAAUUCUAUUUUCUUUCAUCCCCUUCAGCAAAGAAGGCUAACAGAGGAGGAGGAGGGGGAGAGAGGGAGGCAAAGCAUAGAACCCCCAACAGUAGAAACUACAAAGACAGGGGUAGCAAGGUGGAGAGGGGGGAGAUCCCAUUUUGCUACCUAGAUCAAUCUCCCUCUCCCCCCUCAGCCUGGCUUGUAAGAGCCAUGAAGAAAAUGCAGAUGGAUGAAUAACCAAGGAAGAAAAAGAAGGGAAAGCUAGAAGAGAAAGAAAAUCCGACUGGCUCCUGGAUUUGAAUUCUGGAUCGGAUCCCCAUUUUCUGGAUUGAUGUUACAGAAAAGAGAGAGGAUUAGCCUCUCUGCUUCCUCAUACCCAAUUCCCUCAGCUCCUCUCUCCUGUUUUGGGGGGGACAUCCUUUUUCUUUGUUUUACAUGCAGGAAGAAUCACCCAUCGUAUUUUUGAUAGCUGGAUUUUUCAUUUUCCUUUAAGGGGGUUGCAGAAUUUUGAAGCCAUCCCCCCAUCCCCUGUCCCUCUCCCCCUCCAUCCUCACCCCCCUCCCCUCCAUGGUCCAGGUGGAAAUGUUGAGUCUGGGGAGAGAGAGCUGGAUUGGAGCAAGUCUUUCAUAUUUGGCUACCCUUCUGAUAGUCUGCUCUGCACAAAGCCUACCUUCUGGGAAUAUCUCAGUGGUGAAGAAAACAGUGGACAAGUUGUUGAAGGGAUAUGACAUCCGUCUGCGGCCUGACUUUGGAGGUGAUCCAGUCUCUGUGGGGAUGAGUAUACACAUCUCAAGUAUUGACCAAAUAUCUGAGGUCAACAUGGACUACACCAUCACCAUGUAUUUCCAGCAAAGUUGGCGUGAUAAGCGCCUGGCCUAUACUGCUCUCCCUCUUAAUCUCACAUUGGAUAAUCGUGUGGCUGAUCAGCUCUGGCUCCCAGACACUUACUUCCUGAAUGAUAAAAAGUCCUUCCUGCAUGGAGUCACUGUCAAGAACCGGAUGAUCCGACUGCACCCAGAUGGCACAGUCCUCUAUGGACUAAGAAUCACAACCACAGCUGCCUGUAUGAUGGAUUUACGUAGAUAUCCCUUGGACCAGCAAAACUGUACAUUGGAAAUAGAGAGCUAUGGAUACACAAUAGAUGAUAUUAAGUUUUUCUGGCAGGGAGGAGAAGAAGCAGCUGUCACAGGGGUAUCUGCUCUGGAGCUGCCACAAUUCACCAUUAUUGAGACGAGACUGGUAUCCAAAAACGUCGUAUUUACCACUGGUUCCUACCCUCGACUGUCACUAAGUUUCCGGAUUAAGAGGAACAUUGGAUACUUCAUUCUUCAAACCUACAUGCCAUCAAUCUUGAUUACCAUUCUUUCCUGGGUGUCCUUUUGGAUCAAUUAUGAUGCAUCAGCUGCUAGAGUGGCACUAGGGGUGACGACGGUGCUUACUAUGACAACCAUUAACACCCAUCUGCGGGAGACACUUCCUAAGAUUCCGUAUGUGAAGGCUAUUGAUGUCUAUCUGAUGGGAUGCUUCGUCUUUGUAUUCCUGGCACUACUGGAAUAUGCCUUUGUUAACUAUGUAUUCUUUGGACGUGGUCCCCAGCAGCAAAAAAAGCUCAAUGAACGAACAAACAAAGCGAAUAAUGAACGCCAUCGCUAUGAAGAGAGAAGAGUACGCGAGCAGGUUGACCCUUACGGGAAUAUCCUUCUGAGCACCCUUGAUAUGAGCAGUGAGUUAAUGUCAGCUGAAAUGGGAAGCAGUGUGGGUGAUUCCCGGAACUCAGUCCUGUCGUAUGACACCUCAGGGAUCCAGUUCCGUAAGCAGCUAACCUCAAGGGGAGAUGGCUUCGGCCACACACCCUUGGAGCGCCACGUGCCCAUGACAGCCGCCCGUGGACGUGCCAACUGCCGCCUUCGGCGACGUUCCUCCAAAUUAAAGCUAAAGAUCCCAGACCUGACAGAUGUCAGUACCAUCGACAAAUGGUCCAGGAUCAUUUUCCCCAUCACCUUUGGAUUUUUUAAUCUGGUGUACUGGAUGUACUACGUCAACUGAGGCUUUUCCAUUGCCCCACCUUCCCCCUGAACCGCGCACCCACAAUCCUGCCACAGGACACAAGCUUUGCUGGAGUCUCUCACCCCCUCCUGCUUCACGGUUUGAUUUUUUGUACCGAGGAGAGAUGGAUUUACUAUAUCCUAGAGGGAGGGGGCAGGAGAAUUGCACUUUUUUGCCAUAUUUUUUCACCAAAUUCCCACUUUUUUGCCUGCAAAUGGAGAGAGCAAUCUUUUUUUCAUUUUUGUUUUAUUUUGUAAUCAUUCUGGAUAUUGGUUUGAGGAAACUUCUUUCUGGAGACUUUACAAUUAGCAGGAUAAAAACAAGCUUAUAUGUAGGAAAGAUCAUUCAGGGAGUAAAUACAGGAAAGAGGGAAAGGUGAUUGUGGGAAAUGGGGAAAUGGAAAGAUGAUGUUUUAUAAAUGCCGGUUAGAAACCUUUACACUUUCAUUGCUAAAUUUGCUGCAGAGCUAUAUAUAUGUGUGUGUCUGAUGCAGAGCAGUUUGUACUUGCAUGCAGAUGAAAGCACUGCAAAGCAAUACAUCUCUCUGCAGCACAAUCUAUAUCAGUGUGCACACCUUCUCGGAGGAAUUUGUGUCUGCUACAUAUUACUUUUGGAAAUGCUAACAUCAGAUUUGUUCAAACAGAGAAUAUAAAAAUGAACUGAAUCUUGAAUUGUCACUUAAGCUAUGGUGUGCCAAAUCGUAUUAAAACAAUGAGAAAAGAUAUAGGAGCUGGCCUAAGAGUAGGCUCUGAAAACAGAUGUGCCAAUGUUAAAUUAAAAUUACAUUAAUAGGUAAAAAAAAUAAGAAAUUUUCUUUUAAAACAGUUUUGAAGUAAUUCUGAGAUCCAAGGGCAGUGCCAAGUUACAAGAGCACUCAUUAAAUAUAUACAGGAUAUAUAGGUGCUCAAUGAGACCCCCAAGGAGGAAUCAAGAGAACUUAUAUUAAGACAUUUUCUGUCGUAGGUAUUCUUACUAAAAAAUGCAAAACAGUUGCCAAAUUUGAAAGCAAUAGUUAAUACAGCAUAAGGAAUUUGAAAAACAUGCUUAACUUGAACUGUUGGAAUUCAUUUCUGCACUUAAUGAAAGAAACGCUCUAUUACUUGACAGUAAACUGACUGAAGAUGACAUUUUUACUCUCGUCCUAGAAAAAUACUAGUCCUGAUCCACAGUGUUUGUAGAACCUAAAGUAGUGUAAGACCGUAUAUAUGAGGACAACUACAUAAAGUGCCAAGAUUAAACCACACUGGCUCAGGGAAACGAGAGGUGCCAAAUCUACAACAGAGCUAGAACAGUUUCUGAAAACAUGCAACCAAAUGUGAAAUUAGUUCUGGAUCUAGCAUUGUCUGAGAAACUAAAAUAUGGAGCCAUGUCCAAAAAAAAACUUGAAUGUUAUUGUUAUAGUCAAAAAUAUAUGCAGGCAUGGGAUCUAUUAUCUGGAAACCCAUUAUCCAGACAGCUCUGAAUUACUGGAAGGCCGUCUCCCAUGGACUUCAUUUGAAUCAAAUAAUUCACAAUUUUAAAAAAGGAUUUCCUAUUUUCUCUGUAAUAAUAAAACCGUACCCUGAAUUUGAUCCCAACUAAAAUAUAAUCUUUAUUGAAGGUAAAAUAUUAUAUUUAUUUAAUAGUCACAUGAUUUUUUAGUAGACUUAAGGAAUAGAGAUCCAAAUUACCCUUUUCCGGAAAACCCCAGGUCCCAAACCUGUAUAUACCAGAUAUAGAAUGGAACUGUUAUAGGUAGAAAAAGACAACAAAAUAUACAAUCCUGCUAUUAUUCAGCAGGCAAAUUAUUUCUAAUUAUUCCUAAUGCUAAAGUACAUUUACUGGGAGAUGAAAUAGCUGUGAUACCUUAUAUUGGAUUCAUUUUUUGCAUAUUAGAACUGACAUACCUUUUUCACUUACUGGGUAUUUCUUCUUUCCUACAUACUUCGAACAAUUUAUAGGCUAAUAACUGUUUCACAUUCUGCAAAAUGAUGGUAUCAUCUUAUCUAUUUUAUCUGUAUGCCACUGGGAAAUUUGCAGUGUGAAGAAUUGAUCAGUUUUAAAUUGCUAUGUAAAUCCAUUGUACCUUUAUUUUCAAAAAUACAAUUUCCGUAGGUGCAAAAUGACCUACGACAUAACCCCCCCGCACACAUUUUGACUUAUACUAUAGAAAACAUAUAAAACAGAAUCUGUCAAUUCAUUUUAUAAUGUCAUAUCGUCCAGAGCCCUUUAUUUUGGUAAAUGUCCUACAAGAGCCCCGAUAAACUAGCAAUUAAUUGUAAUGAACUGUGAGGGGCAAGAUAUACAUUAUAUAUAAAGGGUGGAAUUUUGUAGGCAGCAUUCAAAGUGGCAGACAGUAUAGUCAGUUCAGUUGUCAGAGCAGGUUGGCAAUUAAACACAAUUUAAAGCAGAAAUGAUUUUAUGAUUUCAGAUAAGCAUAGUGCAAAUGUUGGCUGGGGCAGAACAGCCCAGGUUACUAUAAACAGGCAAAUAAGGGUUGUUUCUGUGCCAAAUUCCAGCCAGAAGUAAAAACUAUCCAUUUAAGCAUAGUGCAGAUAAGUUGAAAUCAAUGUGGAAACAGAUAAAAUCAGGUACUAUAUAUAGAUUGUUGCAUUUAAUGAACUGGCAGCUAAAAAAAAAUGCACAGCAGAAGAUGUUUUACCAGGCUUGCAGGUCAGGAAAUGUGGCUAAAA